UUAACUAGUUUCAGUGUCCUAGACAAGCUACAUUUAACGUACGCAGAAGAAAAUGUUUUGUUUUGUGUUUUAUUUUAUUUGAAAGAUGUUUCUCAAAUGAUACAUUCUAGUUUCAAAGUUGCCAGCAGAAUUACUCAGUUCAAUAUAAUUACGCAUGCAGAUAAGAACGGGGUGUAAAGCUGUAGAUCGCGAAUCAACGUUAACGCAUUGAGUAAAGAGUUACACAAGAGCUGAGAUGUCCACACCGAGAGUCCUCCCGCAAAGCAAAGAGACUCUUUUGCAGAACUACAACAAGAGACUCAAAGAUGACAUCAGGUCAAUUCUAGACAAUUUUACGGAAAUAAUUAAAACUGCUAAGGUGGAAGAUGAGACUCAGGUUUCCAGGGCGACGCAAGCUGAACAGGACCAUUUUGAAAUGCAUGUCCGAGCUGCCAACAUUGUACGUGCAGGAGAGUCUCUGAUGAAGCUUGUCUCAGACCUGAAGCAGUUCCUUAUCCUGAAUGAUUUCCCGUCUGUCAACGAGGCCAUCAGUCUGCGUAACCAGCAGCUCCGCACACUGCAGGAGGAGUGCGACAAGAAGCUCAUCUCUUUGCGGGAUGAGAUUGCCAUCGACCUGUAUGAGCUCGAGGAAGAGUAUUACUCCUCCAGGUACAAAUAGAGCAGUGAUCCCAAACGUGUGUGCAGUCACCCCUGCCUUUACUUGCUUACCAGAGCCAUAAACCUGAUGUAUAUGUACAUCAUAAGAAAACAUAACACAGGGUGAUUCAUGGAGCCAUUCUUGUGUUUAAAGGUUUUUUUAAUUUGCAUAACCAGUUACUGGCUUCAAUCAUUGAACAUUGCUAACAAUGCUAACAUUGGGCUAUUUGUUUGAUCAAACCAUGCAAGUUUGGUUUUCCAUACACAUGCAUUUAAUACCAUUGUGUGCCUUAAUUAGAGUGCAGAUUCUUGCAGGUAAGCAUUAAUGACAUAGGAAAAUUAAGGAAACUUGUAGUUAGACUUACAGUUUUGCUAUAGUUUAUAUUUAUAACAAGCAGGGUAUCAUUAUAUGUGUUUUUCUGCUAUGCUCAUAAAAUAACAUAUGUAUUUACAUUGUAUUAAUUUCACACCAAAGACGUUAUCAAGCACUUUCGGUAUAACUGGGCAAGUAUAACUGCACAAGAAAUCUCUUAUCCGUUAUACAACUAUAAGUGCAUAUAAAGAUUCCAUCCCAGGUGCCUUGUAUGAUUGUUUUAGAAUAUCUAUUUUAUAUAUCAAUGUUGCAAUCAGAUAUCAGGAUGUUAAUUUUCUGUUUAUUAGUGGUGCUGAAUAAUUAAAUGUUGAUCUUAUGUACUAUACAAACAUUUUAGAUGAAUUUAAGGAGUUUUUGAAACAAGGUGACCAGUAAUAGUUUCACAAAAAGAUAUAUUUUAAUUGAGGUAUUAUGGGAAUUAUUUAAUAAUACACAAUUUUUUGGAAAAUCAUAGAUGUUAAUGUUUUUAAAAGUAGUUUGGCGCAAUAAAGUUUUAACACAAUGAGGACUAGCAAAAUUCAGAGCACUUUAAAAUAUGUAAUAAAGAGUAAAGGCUUCAUUCAGACCAUGUCGUAAUUACCAUGAAUUCAAGAUAACACGCAUCUCUGGGGGCUGGGCACAGAAGCUAUAGAGACCUAUGUAUUCAUUCCUUAUCUUACUAAAAUUGUCUGACUCUUGAAGUCUAUGGCAGCCUAUAGCCAUGUGGAAAAUUUUGGACACGAAUAGAGUUUGGGCACCCCUGCUCUAGAAUUUCCAACAGCUCAGAUUUACAUUAAUGUUUAUGCUAAUAACAUUUAGCAAGAAGAACUAAAAACUGAAUUUUAACAAAAAUGGUUAAUGACAAAUAUGCUGCCAUGUUUUUAAACCUCUAAAAUGUUUCUAGGCUCUUUGUCUGACUUUUCUCAAACAUUUGACCAGAUCAUAGUCAAUGUAUGUAAUUCAAGUAGAUGUGCAAAAAAAUAAAAACUCUUAUAUCUCUGGUGCUUGGCUGCUUACUUGUGAAUUCUCUAUCAUCCUAGGAUUUGAAAUUGUAAGUUUUGUUUCAUCAUCAAUCACUAUUAAAAUUAAUUAAAUUAAUCAUAACCAGUUUAUGAUUAGUUUAACUGCAAUAAUGAUUUUGCUCUUUAGAAUUUCAUAAUUACGACAUGGCAUGAAUGCACCUGUAGGGUUCUUUAUUGUAUAAUCAAACGUUAAACAGCAUAUAAAUUAGCUUACUGGAAGAAAAUGAUUUGAUACGCUCAAGAAACUGAUUUUUUUUCAUGUUCCAUAUCAUUCACAAAUGGCAUGUUUUUUUUUUUUUCUUUAAAUUUUAAUGGAAGUUUUUGUAAAUUGGCAAAAAUAUACUAUAUUGCCAAAUGUUUUGGGACACCACUCAAAAUCCCAAAUUCAGGGAUUCUGAUCACUUCCAAAAAAUAAAGCUCCUAGGCAUGCGGACCUUAGCAACAAUAUGGUAGGCACCAAAAAUCACAGAGCGGGUCAGAACUCUCAAAGUCUGAGACCUCCAAACUUUAUGUGGCCUUCAGAUUAGCUCAAGAGCAGUGCAUCGAAAGCUGGAAUUCGUUUCCAUGGUCGAGCUGUCGAAUUCAAGCUGUACUUUACCAAGUGCAAUGAAAAGUGGCGGAUACAAUGAUGUAAAGCAAACCGCCACUGAACUCUAAAGUUGUGGAAAUAUGUUUUCUGGGGUGACGUUUCAUGCUUCCCUGUCUGGCAAUCCAAUGGAUGAAUCUGGGUUUGGCAGUUGCCAGGAGAACGACAUCUCGCCUGAAUGCUAUGUGCCAAGUGUUAUGCUUGAUGGAGAGGGGAUUAUGGUUGGAGGCUGUUUUUCAGGGUUUGGGGUUUGCCCUUUAGUUCAAGUGGCAUAAACGCUUAAUGCUUCAGCAUAUCAGACAUGGACAAUUUCAUGCUCCUUACACUGGGUAAAGUUUGAGAAUGACCCCCCUCCUGUUCCAACAUGACUGCACACCAGUGCACAAAGCAAGGUCCAUAAAAAAUUGAAUGAGCAAGUUUGGUGUGGAGAAAGUUGACUGGCCUGCACAGAGUACUGAUAUCAACCUGAUUGAACACCUUUGGAAAGAAGUGAAGAGUGUUAGCCAGGCCUUCUUGUACAACAUCAGUGCGUGACCUCACAAAUGUGCUUCUAGAACACAGGUGUCAAAUGCAGUUGCUGGAGGGCCGCAGCUCUGCACAGUUUAGUUUCAACCCUGGUUCAACAGACACGCUGAUCAAUUGAUGCAGAAGUAUAAACCAGGCUUAACCUGUAGAAUUCAUGCAAGCCUUAAGUACUCUAUACUUUUGAUCAGGUGUCUUUAAUUAGGGUAAAAGCUAAACUGUGCCUAGCUGUGGCCUUCCAGGAACUGAAAUUGACACUUGCGUUCUAUAAGAAUGGUCAAAUAUUUCUAUAAACACUCUUUAACCUUGUGGAAAUCACAAGCAUCUUUGUGGCCUUUAUAGCUAAAAAGGGUGGGUCAACGCUAUAUUAUAUAAUACAGCUUAAGAUUGGGAUGUCAUUAAAGUUCAUGUACAUAUAAAGGCAGAUGUUCCAAAACUUUUGACAAUAUAGUGUAUUUUAUCUUUUAUUUACAAAUGUGUCGAGAUGUAACAUUAUUAUUUAUAGAGCAUUUGUUUCCCUCAGUGGUUUGAUAUUGCACUACACUGUUUUGAUGUGGUGAAGUAUUGGGUAGAAACAGUGUUGGUCACAUUAGUACCUGUUCUGAAUGUAUCACAAUAUUUGUCAAGUUUUCCCCACAAACCAACAGGUCAUUUCAAAUUUCAUAAAUAAACCAGAGAGAAAAGAGAGCA